CGAAAAACUAUGCGAUGAUGUACUUACCUAUUCCUAUUCCGUUUGCGUUAUUUUCAACUAAGGUACCGCUACCUAACUCAGGAUUUGAAUUGUCCAAACACGACCUCUAAGGUACCGCUACCUAACUCAGGGGAGGUCCAACAGGUCAAACAUGAGGAUCACCAAGGGAAAACGAGACCACAAAGACCAUGGGAAAAGUCUCAAAUAUUCAGAUGAAAAAAAUGCGAUUUCUGAAUAUUCAAAUUCCCAUCUGAAUAGUUUGAACGAAUUCCCCGGUCAAAUUUGCAUAGUGUCAAUUCAUAAUUCAUAAUUCAACGACCUCUAAGGUACCGCUACCUAACUCAGGCGCAGAUUACUGUGCUGAUCUAUUCGGUGCUUGCGACGAGUAUUUUGUUGCUUUGCGUCGAAGAUUUGAUGAUCCUCUGCCGCCAAGACCCGCAUGUUGCACGUGCCGCUUCUUCCUACUGCACUGCGGCCAGCUUGGGUGUUAUACCCUGUUACGUCAGCGAUACCUUUCGUAAAUUUUUCGUGAACGUGAAUCGGACUAGCGACAUCCAGGAUGUACAGAUCCUUGUGGCUGCUUUGCACAUCGUCUGGUGCUACCUCUUCGUUGGCUUUUUCCAGCUUCAAAAUACUGGUGUUGGGCUAGCUAAUUCGUUGACAAACUGCGGCACCUGCAUUGUCUUCGGGUAUCGCUAUUGGG